AUGGAACUUGAUAAACAAGACCUUUCCUUUCACCCAAUUUUUGUGCCUAAUAACAAUAGACUCAAACCAGAAUUAGAUGAUGAUUUUUGCAUAAACUCUAAAGAUUAUUAUCUUCAAGAUUUUCAGCACCUUGAUCUUAACUAUACCUUCAACAACACUGGAAAUUUUAUGAUUGAUACCAAUGGUUAUGACCCCUUUGAUCCAUUCACCAAUGAGGAUAAUUUUUCUUCAUUAGGAGAUUUUAACUUUAGUUAUGAGCUUAAGCCAUUUGAUCAAGAAAAUGGAGAGAGUGGUAACACAAUUAAGGAGAAUACUAUGGAUGUUAAUUACACGUACAAUGAGAGCUGUUUUAAUUCCUUGAGUUGUGAAGAUGUGAAGCCUUUGAAUUUUGUUGUGCCUGAUGAAAGUUCAUCAUGUGUCACUAAUGGUUCUAAUUGCAAAUUAGAAAUUGGUGAAUUAAGAAAGAAUAGGAAGGUGAAAAGAAAUGAUCAAAGUAGCUUAUUAUCUUCGUCGUCAACCAAAAAACUAGGUAGAGGGAGGAAUAAGAAGUCUAAAUCCGCCAAAGGACAAUGGACGAUUGAAGAAGACAGGCUUUUGAUCCAUUUGGUAGAGAAAUUUGGAGUUAGAAAAUGGUCUCAAAUUGCUCAAACACUGAAAGGGAGAAUAGGGAAGCAAUGUAGAGAGAGGUGGCACAAUCAUCUUAGACCUGAUAUAAAAAAGGAUUUGUGGACAGAGGAAGAGGACAAGAUCCUAAUAGAAGCUCAUGCCGAAGUGGGAAACAAAUGGGCAGAAAUUGCAAAAAGACUACCUGGAAGAACUGAGAAUUCCAUUAAGAAUCAUUGGAAUGCAACAAAAAGAAGGCAAUUUUCAAGACGAAAAUGUCGUACCAAAUGGCCAAAGCCUAGUUCUCUCCUCCAGAAUUACAUCAAAAGCUUGAAUUUGGAAAAGGGAAACAGCAAAAAAUAUUCUCAAACUAGCAAUGCCACAAACUCUACUGCCAAAGUAGAAACCAUUGAGUUUUGCCAAGGGAAUAUUGAUCAAGUUCGUGAAUAUUGUGAUUUCAGUGAAGUCCCAGAAUUUGCAUUGGAUGAUAAAUCUUUUGAAGAGAAUAGAAUGAAUUCUUUUAUGGAAGAUAUUCACGUUGGUCCACCUUCCAUUAUGGAGAAAUGCAUGGGUUUGGAGAUUAUUCCUUAUGAACUGCCUACAUUCAUGCAAGGUGAUCAAGUCAAUAAUAAGGAGAUUGACUUGAUGGAAAUGAUUUCUAGAGUUAAUCCAUAG